UGAAGAUCACAGGAGGCAGACCUGGAGAAUCCUCCCCUUCUCCAGGAUCUGUCCUCAGAGCAGGACAAUGAGGAUCACAGGGAGGCUUUCCGUCACGAGGCAGAGUCGAGCACUGUACUGUUCCAGCCUCUGCCCUUGCCUCGCCUCAGCAGUGCCGACCGAAGUGACAUCCUGGGGCGGCGCUGGCUCUCCGAUGACGUGAUGGACCUGGCGCAGGAUAUACUGCAAAGGCAUUUUCCGGAGACUCGCGGUCUGUACGCCUGCGGUGCGGCCUUCACCUUGCCGCCGCUCCAGCCCGGCGCCACGUCACUUUUCCUGCAAGUGGUGAACCGAUCCGCGCCGCUGCACCUGGACUCCAUGGCGGACUAUGGCCGCCUGGCUGGUACCCACUGGCUGCUGCUGUCCUCCUACGGCACGCAGCACAGCGGCCAGCUGGCGGUGUAUGACUCAAUGUAUGACGAACUGUCCGCCUGCACAACUGCACUGGUGGCGCAGCUGCAGGAGCUGCACGUGCCGCCACCUGGCGCUGUAAUGCGGCCUGUGCAGCGGCAGAAUGAUGGAUACAGCUGCGGCCUGUUCGCAUUGGCCUUUGCCUUCAGCAUUGCAGUGGGGCAGGACCCGUGCACCGUGCGCUACGAUCGGGCCAGCAUGGCACCACACCUGGUGAAGUGCCUGGAACAGGGCAUCGUGGAGGCUUUCCCUUCUGUGCCUGUGAGAAGAGGCCGCUGAAGUGCAUGUCACCUCACACAGUACUCUCGGAAGUGAUUUCAAGAAGAUUUCUCUAAACACUGAACGACCAUGACUGACGCGCC